AUGCCUGACGGAAACAUGUUCCCCACAUCCUAUCUUAACAUGCAACAUCCGCAAGCUGUGGCAUUGGCUAAGGCCUCACUGGUCUUUAUCGACGAAAUUUCAAUGAUGAAAUGCUGGCAGUUGUCUGUCAUUGAAACUCUCUGUCACCAUGUUACCGGAACCACGAGAAUUUUUGGAGGAAAAGUUAUUGUAGUGGGAGGAGAUUUUAGACAGACACUUCCCACCUGCAAAAAGGAAGAAGGGGACAUUCUUUCAAAUUGCGUCUUCUCAAACCCUCUCUGGGAACAUUUCCAGAUUCUGCAAUUAACUGAAAACAUGCGUGCUGUCAACGAUCCUGAAUACACCAAGUGGUGCCUUUCGAUCGGCGAUGGCACUGCCAAUGUGGAACCAGGAUUUACGAUGUUCCCUCUAAAAAUUGGCCAGGAAAUAGUUACAUUUACCAAGAAUUUGCCAUCUUUAAUUGAAACAGUUUUUAAGGGUGACUUCCAUAACCACAAAAGAGCAAUCAUUGCAAACACUAACAAGAAGUGCUGUGAAGUCAACGAUAUUGUUACUUGUUCAAUAAGUGGUCAAGGUUUUAAUUACCUUAGUAUGUCACUAUUAGAAAACGUAGAUUCCACGGAAAAUGACAAUGAGUAUAUGGAUUAUACAAUUCUCGUUGAACUUUAUACAAUUCCUGUUGCACUUACAUUGUACAGGGCUCGUUGCACUAUUCACACUUUUUCUUGCAGAGUGGGUUGGGCCAAGUGA